GCCGCCGCUUUGCUUGUUGGGUUGGCGACGCCGCCCGCCCGCCAUCCUUCCCUCCCUCCCUGAGAGGCGGCGAGGGGCGGCCAUCCCUGUGGGCGCAGGGAGAGCUCAGAGAUCGCCGCAGGGAUUCGCACUGCCAAGAGAUUUGGGAGCCCGUGGAUACCGAGAGGCCUCACUCGGCUCGGGGAUCCCAGCGCCCGGCUGGCACGGAUUCCCUCAGCACUGGUCUGGGCAUCCCGCGUUCUCCAGCYAGCGGGGACAAGGGACAAUCCCUGUGCCUUGGACAAUCCUCGGGGCAGGAUGCUGUCCUAGCACCGCGGAGGAGGAGUGAGGACAUCGGCCUGAAUGCUCGGGACACCAGCUGUGACUCUCCUGUGCCUGUAGCUGGGAACAGCCAUGCCAGCCCAAGAGGAAAGAUGGGUUCCUUCCUUGGUUUUCCUGCUCUUCUGUGCCUCCUCCAUCCCAAGGAGUGGAAGUGCUGGCCURCAGCAGGAGCAGAGCCCCCAGCACUAUUUCAGUGGCUUGGAAGCUGGGAAAGCAUCCCUGGCUUUUUUCACCCCCAGUGUUUCUUCUGAUGCCCAGCCCUUCUUGGAGCAGAUUGAGAGCUCAGCUGAGACCCUCCAGGACUAUGGAAUUUCUGUGGUGAAGGUGAAUUGUCCCAAAGAGGAUGUCUCAAGAUACUGUGGAAAAGAAAAUGCAUUAAGGAAAGCUUUCCUGUUCAGAGGAAACCGCCUGAUCCGGGAGUUCCCCACCGACGCCCUGUUCGAUGUGAACUCCAUCGUUGCCAACGUUUUGUUUGCCCUGCUCUUUAAUGAAGUUAAAUACGUCGAAACCCUGGCAGACCUUGAGAGCAUUGAGAAUGUGUUGAAAGGGAAGUCCAACAUGGUCUUUGCCUAYGUACCAGCUACUGGGACAGCAGAGCACAGAGCUGUGAUGGAGGCAGCGUUUGUCUUUGGGUCUGUCCACCAGUUUGUCCUGACCACUGAGGCAGCRCUGCUGAAAGCCACCAGUCAGGAUGACCCCGAUGUCUCGUCUGCCCGGCUCCUGUUCUGCCACUGCCAGCGAGCCACAGAGGAAGGCCAGCCCUGCAGGAGGACAGCCCUGGGACAGCCCCUGACCCUGCUCAACAUCCACAGGCACCUCAAGCUCAUGGGGGCUCCUCUGGUGACAGAGGUGGCUCAGGACCCCGAGAAGAUCUCCACUGUCCACUUGCAGCUUGGGCUGCCCCUGGUGUUCAUCCUGAGCCAGAGAGAGACCUACGAGGCUGACAGGAGGACAGCAGAGUUCGUGGCCUGGAAGCUCCUGGGGAAAGCAGGAGUUGCCCUUUUGGCCAGGGACCUCGUGGAUCUGAACGUUCUGCACCGCUCAAACGUCGCCCUCAAGACUCCAGAUGAGGGAAUGCCAAUCCAAUACCUGGUUUUGGAAGACACYGAUGAAAUUAUAACCCUGGUAGAAGAUAAGAACAAGGUCAGACAAAUCCAGGAGGAUGAGGAGCAGGAGGAGGAGGAGGAGGAAGAUGAGGAUGAGAAAGAGAAUAACAAUCAAGAUAUUCAGGAUGACCAGGUGGUGGAAGCAGUUUCCAGGGACAAGAAACGAGAGCUGCCCCUGGAGCARAUCCGUGUCCUGACAGAGGAGAAUUUCCACUCUUCCCUCUCAGAGGCUGCCCRGACUGUGGUGCUGUUUUAUGCCAGCUGGGAAGCCGUGUCCCUGGUGGUGCUGCGCUCSUACUCCGAGGUGGCCACUCAGCUGCAGGGAACCUCGGGGGUUUUGUUGUCCAGGGUGAACUGCUGGGACUGGCCUGUCGUCUGCAGCCAGGAGAAUGUCACCCAGUUCCCUACAAUCAGGAUUUACAAGGAGGGACAACAAUCAGUGACAUACGAUGGCAUGUGGGGAACUGAAGAGUUGAGCAGCUUCAUCCUUCUGAGCAGAGCUCCCUGCCCRCUGAAGCUGGCCACGAUGGAUGAAGCAGAAGGAUAUUUAAGAGGRGAGUUUCCCUCUGAGCUGCCAUCCCAUCCCCACACCUCGCUCCUGGGAGUGUUCAGCACGGCCACCAACGAAGCCAGGGAAGCUUUUGAAGAGGCAGGAAACAUCCUGAGUGGCCAYGUAAGGAUGGGGAUGUAUUUUGAAGAUGAUGCUUUGGCUCUAUCCCAAAAAUACUCCGUGUCCCCCCCUGCCCUCCUCCUUGCCCGGGGCAGAGACCACAGCGUGGAAAGCAUCUCUCUGUCCAAACCCAGCGUGCAGGACAUGGUGCAGAUGAUCAGACAUGAACUGCUGGACAUUUUUCCAGAAAUCACCGUGCCCAACCUGCCACAGUACUUGCAGCUCAAAAAACCUUUCCUCAUCCUGUUCAGUGCUGCUGACAUCGGUCAAACUGAAAGCAAGGAAAUGCUGAAGCUGGCAAGAGGAAGCCACCAGCAGGCGUUUGUGGCUUGCUGGUUGAACCUGAAGAAGACUCCAGUGGGAUAUGGAAUCCUGAGGAUGUAUUUUUCCACCGUGCCUUCCUUGCCCGUUCUCCUGUGGGUGAACCUCCACGCUGGGGGUCAGGUGUUCAAGUUCCCCUCAGAGCAGUCCAUCACUGAGAUGAACAUCUUGUCGUGGCUGGAGAAGCUCCAAGCAGGAGUGGAGAUUCCCAGCAGUACCUUGUCUGAGGAGGACUGGAAGCCACCRCUCCCUGCUUACGACUUCCUGCAGAUGAUGGAGCCGUCCGUGCCCGAGCUCUCCCUCCACCGCGGGGACACCCCAGCACAGCAGCCACCCCAGAGGCCCGGAGAGGACCCUGCCAUCCAUCGGGAGGAGCCAUCCCAGGAGAGCACGGCAGAGGGAGCCGGUUCCACCGGGAGGGGCCUGCGGGGCACAGCCCCGAGGAUGGCAGCCAGGGACAAGCAGGGCAAGAGGCACAGCGAGCUUUGAGAGCGUGGGGAAAGGUGUUGGGCUGCCCUGGAAAACCUCGCACUUUCCCAGCYCUCUGUGAGCCUUCCUCCAAGGGGAGAAGUGUUUUCAGCUGUCRGGGAAUGGUGAAGGGAGAGGCCACUCCCUGCUACAGAGUGCUGGUGGCUUCUGAUGCCAGUGACGUGUGUGCACAUCCCACGUGUUGUUCCCUGGCUGCUGUUGGGAGUUCACUGAGUGACAAACAACACUGGAAAAGACAAAUCAGCCAUGCUCUGUAGAUUCCCUGAAUCUCAGAAUCACUUCAGYUGCCCCUGAGCAGGAAGGGUGAGUGAUUCCAAAGUGAAAAGCCCGUUUCUCUCCUCACUGGUUGCAGGAGAAACUCUACUGAUGUGUGCCAGCAAAUGCUGCACUUCUAUCCUUGCUGGAACCUUGUGGAGCUGGGAGGGACAGCAUUCCACCACUCCAGGGCUGCUCCAACCAGCCCCCAGUCAUGUUUGCACCUGAAUUCGUGGGUGUGUUCAUCCUCAGGGGCAAGAAGAUCUGGUCAGAGCAGAUUUAUUAACGAGGCCAGAGCUUGGGUCACACACCAGCCCUGAAUAGCUGGGACAGAGCUCUGCCAGCAAAUCCCCAGGGUGGCCAGGUUGGGAGAUGGCUUUCCUCACUGCUGGCAUUUUCUUGGUCAGGAGCCCAGGGGGUUAUUUGCAGCCUGGAUUUGUCUUUGCUCUGGGUGACAGCAGUGAGGUCGGUGCCUCCUGAGCUGGGAACGGCACAGGCAGCGAGGUCUGAGGAAAGUCUGGUGCUGUGGGAAUGGGGAGGGAGGUGAAGGGUGGGGCUGGACCCUGCCAGGGUGGGAUGGAGCUGUUUCACACCCAAAAUACAUUGGGGAGAUGGAAAACCUGGGGAUUUGGCUUUCCAGGGGGCUCUGCCCAUCCCUGGAGGACAUGAAAUGKUYUUUAAGGUYCCUUCCAACCCAAACCAUUCUAGGAUUCUGUGAUCAUCCCACUUUUUUUCCAUCUCUCUUCCUCUGCACCACCGAGAACAUGUCAGGACGGUCACAUCCUCCUCCUGCUCCUUAGGGCUCUGAAUUUACUGGGAAGAGGAAAAAAAAUGCUGGUAAGGGACUGCUGAGAGCAUUGCAAACUCUUUAUUUCCCAUCCUGCAAGCAGCACACAUGGCUGUGGGUCUUUUGAAAUACCCAGAAAUAGAUCAUUAGUCCCGGGCUCUCCUGGAAGCCCUUAAUUGAAAGAGACCAUUUUURGCCUGAAUGCCCGGCUUUGAGCCAAAAUGUAUGUAUUUAAAGAAUAAACUGCAGCCUGCUGAUCAGAGGCAUUAUUCCCAAGGGAAGGGUGUGAGCAGAUCCUUCGUGUGUUCCCGUCAUUGCUGUGUAAGGUCCAUAGGCUGCUGAAUUCCAUGCACUGUACAUUGGUCAUUUCCCAUCCUGUCCCUCAUCAUCAUCAUCAUCAUCACCAUCAUGGAAUCCCAGAAUGGGUUGGGUUGGAAGGGACCUCAAAGUUCAUCCCAUUCCACCCCUGCCACGGGCAAGGACAUCUUGCGCUAUCCCAGGAUGUCCCAAAUCCUGUCCAGCCUGGCCUUGGGCACUGCCAGGGAUCCAGGAGCAGCCACAGCUUCUCUGGACACCCUGGGCCUCCCCACCCUCCCAGGGAACAAUUCCCAGUUCCCAUUAUCCCAUCUAACCCUGCCCUCUGGUACUUUGAAGUGCAAUUUUUGCAUUUAUCAUUCCAUCUUAAAUAAA